AUGCCUUAUCAAACCUUCCAACCACAACGAGGGCGCCACAUGGACACCACUUCUUCUUCCCAUCGAUGGCCAUCACAACGUCACAAUCAUGAGGAUCGCCACCAUCAAGAGUUUGAUGAUGAGGAUUCAACCACCUACGUAGGAGAGGACAGUUCCGAGGAAUAUCUUCAUCCAACCCGAGCCGCCACUGCCAUCACUCCUUCUUGGGUUUCCGAAAAGAAACGUCAACGUCGACACAAAUAUUCAUCAAAGAUUCGCGCACUCAAACAACUCCUUUCCGACAAGAACAAACAAUGGGAAGAAGAUCGAUUCAAAUUAACUCUCAAAGAAUGUUCAAAAAUUUCAACUCAAACAUUGCGACAUAUGAAGAGUGACUUGUUGCGAUGUUUGCAAGUCAUUGAUGAGACUCUCCAUGAACGAGAAGAUCGAGACAAGUCUUGUGCCAUUUGUAUGGGAAAUGUACGACAAGUAGUCUUCAUGCCGUGUAAACAUUUCUUGUCGUGUGAAGAUUGUGCACAAAAUGUUGAACAUUGUCCCAUUUGUCGACAUGUUAUUUCAAAGAGAAUCAAAAUUUAUCUUUCUUGA